CUCCUCGUCAAGUGUACCCCAGCUCAACGUAAAGCAAUUUUGAAAGCAGCCGACGACGCUUUAGUAAAAACCAUUUGUGAGUGUGUAUUCAACGUACUUAAAGAAACAGUCCCUGUCAGGAAACCGGCGAAGAGAAAACUUCUUAAGCACAAGAAAGCCUUGACUGCUCUAGCUGAAAAGAGUACCCCGCUAAACAAGAAAAAGCAAAUCUUGAUACAACACGGAGGAAACUUUUUAAGUGUUUUGCUACCUCCCGUUCUUCGAGUGUUGAGCUCGCUUCUUAGUUAAGAUGAAUCAUACAAGACGCAUGGUUCUCGUUCCUGAAAACACUCUGGAACGAUUGCAGCAACGCCAGCAGAUAUUAACACCACCUGUAACACAAACUCUGAAAAAUCUGGAUAGCCAAAUGGGGGAUAUUUUAGAAAGUAAACAACUUGGUGAUGAGGAAAAGGCGAAGCUUUACAAUCAGGUGUUGCAACGGUACUUGACUUAUUACGAUCAGCGGAAAGGCCAACCUCUCCAUGUGAAGUUAACGGCCCCUAAAACUACAGAAACCCCCAAACCAGCUGAGAACGCAGAAUCUACAGAGGAAGCUUCUCCAGAUAAUUCUCUUCCAACAGCAGUAGAGGAAGAGGUCAUGAAAAGUGUACCCAGAAUUUACAAAGCUGGGGCUAGACAGUUGUUGGAUAAAAUUAAAAAACACCAGGAUGUGUUGCACUGGAAUGAUAAAGGAGAGCUGUUGUAUGAAAACAAACCAAUCCCAGGUUCUCAUGUGGUCGACCUAGUCAACGACACAUUGCGUCACCGAAAAGGAUUUGAACCAGUGGGAUGGUCCGUGUUUGCGAGGGGCCUGGCGCGAAUGAAUGUCCCCGAAAACUUGGUUUGUAAUCCCCAACGUCAGAGUGCCAUAAGAGAGUUAAAGCAAGAGUGAGAGAGGAGACCCCAGAAAGUCCUUCGCGUUGGCUACCCACCCCACCUGUGACGUUGUCUUCUGUCAAAAAGCAGAGGCGCAGAGUCGAGAGUCCUCGCCCUCAGGCUGUUCGAUGGUUACGAUUAUAA